AUGUCUUCUGAAACAACUCCAAAUAAUAUUUUAGUUACAAACAUUGAUCCUUCAGUUACUGUUGAAGCACUAACGACGUUUUUCUCAUUUACUGGAAAUGUUACACAAGUAAGAUUAUCAGACUGUCCUGACGGAACUAAACAAGCAAUUGUUUCAUUUGACUCACCAGAAAGUGUUAAAACUGCAGAACUAAUGACAGGUGCUACUCUUGAAAGUCGUAGAAUCAAUAUUGAAUCAACAUCUAUGACAGAGUCAAGUAGUCAUGACCGUGUUUUUAAAGGAGAAGAUUUACCUAAUCGUUCUAUCCCUGAACUUCCAAAGGAACACACAAAGACGUCUGUUGCUGCUUCACUUAUUGCUCAAGGAUAUAUAUUAGCCAAUGACACAUUCCAAAAAGCUGUUCAAUUUGAUCGUGAACAUAACAUAACAUCUUCCAUCAAAUCAGGUGCAGAAAAAGUUAAACAAGCUGCUAUUAAUGUCGAUGAAAAUUAUCACAUUACUGAGUAUCUUGCACUUGGGGCUACUCUUGCUGUUAGUUAUGUUGAAAAUAUCAAUGACAGAUAUAAGGUUACCCAAACAAUUUCCAACAAAGCACAAGAAGUUGAUGAAGCUUUAAAUAUUAGUGGAGCAAUUGGAACUGCUCGUCAACAAAUAAAUAAUGGAAUUGCUGCUGUUGUGACGUCACAACCAGUUGUUUCUGUAAGAAAUGCAGUAAAUAAUACUGUUUCAGGAUUUGCACAAAAUGUAAGUGAUGAAAUUGCAAUUCAAAAUAACAUGCACAGAAUUACCCAAGAAAAAAUCCAACCAGAAGAAACAACUCCUCUUGUUGUUGAAGAACAACAAACAACACCUAUAACUAUUACCACCGAAGAAACUAUAAACCCUGAACCCCAACAAGAUGAGUUAAUGGAGCCACCAAUUGACAAAGAUGAUAUUAUCACUCUUGAAGAUGAUAACACCAACAAAGAACAACAGAACCAAACAAGACAAGAGGCUUCUACACUAAUUCUCUAA